AUGCUACUAGCGGGAUCACGCCACAACGUCUCCUGCGCCAUACGAUUCUCCGAGCCGCCAGUAUCCAUAGAAGCCCGAGAUGAGCUUAUGCGACUCGUAAGACAAUUUUUGCAGAUCCCAGACGAGGGGCUCCUUCCAGUCAAAGUAUUUUCUAUUAACUCUCAGGAACAGGCAUGGCUGGACGACAGAGCAGGUCGAAUCGACAGUUUCCACGAUGACAAUACAACAGCGAAACACAAGAGGUCCAAGCUGUUCAACGUUUCCUGUUCCGUACAGCCGCUGUCAAUUCUCUCUCUGACGAUCGUCAAUCUCACUGGGUUACAGCUGAAAUCCCUAAUAUGA